AGUCGCUCGACAACAGCGAAGCGCGUAACAAUAGUUUAUAUCGUGUUGCUUUUUGCUUCGAUAAUUUAAUUGAGCCUCGCAUUUUUAGUGAAUUUGAGUGCUGCUCAAUUCGCAGCCGCAAUUAGCGUCAUUUCGCCACAGCUUUGAGACAAUGCUGCUGCUGCUGCUCCGCCCGCUGCUGGCAGCGCUGCUGACGCUGCUCUGCGUUCAAGUGGACGCCGGCCGCCCGCUGAAAGUUCUCGGCCUGUUCCCGCAUCCCGGCGUCAGCCAUUUUCACUUCUUUCAGCCCAUAAUGCACGCCUUGGCCGAGGCAGGCCACGAUGUUAGCGUGGUUAGCCAUUUUCCGGCUAAAAACCCGCCCAUACGCUACAAGGAUUUUCCGCUAACGGGCACGGAGAAGCUAACGAACAGCGUGGACUUGAAGUUCUUCGAGAAGCGACCUUUCUACAAUCAUUUUAUUGAGUUCUUUCUGCUGCACGAGUGGGGCAAAGAGGCAUGCAACUUGACGCUGCGCUCGGAGGCCUUGCAGACGGUGCUCAAGCGUAAGGCUGGCUACUAUGACGUCAUCGUUCUGGAGCAGUUCAAUACGGACUGCAUGAUGGGCGUGGCACAUCAGCUGCAAGCACCAGUAGUCGCCUUGAGCAGCUGCGCCAUGAUGCCCUGGCACUACGAACGCAUGGGCGUCCCAAUCAUACCCUCCUAUAUUCCAGCUUUAUUCAUGGGUCAAUCGCAGGACAUGAACUUUGGCGGCCGUUUGGCCAACUGGUUCAGUUUCCAUACACUCAACUGGUUGUACAAACUCGUCUCCAUACCCGCUGCGGAUGCGCUGGUGCAGUACAAGUUUGGCCACGAUGUGCCCUCGGUGGGCGAACUGGUGAAGAACACCUCCGUCUACUUUGUGAAUCAACACUAUUCGCUGAGCGGUGCAAAGCCGUUGCCGCCGAACGUCAUCGAGCUGGGCGGCCUGCACAUCCAGAAGGCCAAUCCGCUGAGCGCCGAGCUGCAGCGUCUGCUCGACAAUGCCGAGCAUGGCGUCAUACUCAUCAGCUGGGGCUCCAUGAUACGCGCCAAUUCGCUGUCGCCGGAGAAGCGCGACGGUAUUGUGCGCGCCGUUGCCCGACUGAAGCAGCAGGUCAUCUGGAAGUGGGAGAACGAGACGCUGGCCAAUAUGCCGCCAAAUAUGCACAUCAUGAAGUGGCUGCCACAGCGCGAUAUACUCUGUCAUCCCAAUGUCAAGGUGUUCAUGACCCAUGCCGGCCUCAUGGGCAGCUCCGAGGCGGCCUAUUGUGGUGUGCCCGUUGUGGCCACGCCCAUGUAUGGUGAUCAGUUCCUAAACGCGGCCGCCCUGGUGCAGCGUAAUAUGGGCGUGCUGCUGCACUACGAGGACAUUGGCGAGAAUACCGUACUGAAGGCCCUGAAACGUGCUCUGGACAAGAAGUACGCGGAUGCUGCUAAGCUAGUCGCGCACUCCUUCAAGUAUAGACCGCAACAGGCGCUGCAGACGGCCCUCUGGUGGGUGGAGCAUGUGGGUCACACUGGUGGGAAUCCGCUGCUGAAAUCCAGCGCCGUGGAGCUGUCACGUUUUGUCUACUACUCGCUGGACUGCUAUGCGACAGUUGGUAUCAUUUUGGCCAUUGUGAUUGCCAGCUGGGUGGCCCUCAUAAGACGCUGUCGCGCCAAGCGACCGGAACAGAAGAACAAAAGGGAUUAAAUCGAUUUGAUCCUUAGCUUAGUCUAUGUGAUAUUUUCCAUGUGAACGUCUGUUAGUGUUCCAUUUUAGUUUAGUGACUCCCGCUCCUAAAAAUUUAGAUAUAAAGUUGGAAAUGUUGUGCUUAUACUUUUAGCUUGUAUCUAAAGAAUGUUAGAUAUGGGAUAUGGGUUAAACACUUGAGGUGUCCAAAAGAAACCUAAAAAAUAAUCUAUAAACAUGUAUAGACUGGAGUACUUGUCCAAAAAGAAAUCUAAGAUCAGUUGAAAGACAAUAUAAAUGUUUAUAUGACCACAUAGAAAUGUUUAUAUUUGAUCUUUGCAUUAAUAUUCAAAGGGUCAAGUUUUUUGGAGUACUUAAUCGGCUCUGUAGAAAAUUGAAUAUUCAAAAUUAUUUAAUUAAUAUUUAUAUUUUAUGUAAUUGAUUCGAAUUUAAGCAUUAAUAUUAAUGCAGAAAUAAAUUUUGCUGUCUCAGCGCUUUUUAAA